AACCAGAGAUGAACGUCACACUAGCGUAGGCUACUGUAAACGUCUAAUUUUAUAGAGAAUAAUUGUUUACAUUACGCAGUAUAUACCAAUAGCAAAAGGCACAUGAGACAGCGGCACAGUGCGGGGCAGUUUAAAGGUACAUAAUGACCCGACUGUGUUGUAGCUGUCACAGCUAGUCAGGUGUUGCACCAUGGCCAAACCUGGGAGUGACAGAGAUGGAGCCAUGGUGGACAAGCAGGCGGGGAAGAAGAGCAAGGAAAAGCUGUCUCCUUUCACCAAAACUCCAAAGCUGGACCGGAGUGAAUUACUUGGAAAGGAAGGAAAAGCAAAGUCUUCCAUGAAGCGCAAGCUCUCCUUCACAAGCAGCCCGGCCCAGACGGAGGAGAGGGACUCAGACACUGAUGACUCAGACCCAGGCCAGUCCAGUGAGACCUGGGGAGAGAGAUUAGUGCCUCCCUGCAGCAUGUACGCAGAUAAAGAUGGACCAGACAAGAAAAAGGUGAAAAAGGAGGCCGGGAGCAAAAAGUCGCAGGCUCCCAAUCUUUUGUUUGGAUAUCCUCUGUCAGAGCGCAAACAGAUGGCUCUCUUAAUGCAGAUGACUGCCAACAGUCCAGACUCUACACCCAGUCACCCCUCUCAAACAACCCCAGUGCAGAAGAAAGUCUCCAGUAGCACAUCUUCUCGGCAGAAGGACAAGAUCAAUAAGAGGAACGAGAGGGGGGAGACGCCCCUGCACAUGGCAGCCAUCCGGGGAGAUGCAAAGCAAGUUAAAGAGCUCAUUAGCCUGGGGGCCGAUGUGAAUGUCAAGGAUUUCGCAGGUUGGACUCCCCUCCAUGAAGCCUGUAAUCUUGGUUAUUAUGAUGUGGCCAAGGUCUUAAUAGCAGCUGGGGCUGAGGUCAACACACAGGGUCUGGAUGAUGACACGCCGCUCCAUGAUGCUUCCAGCAGUGGACAUAAAGAUAUUGUCAAACUGCUACUACGUCACGGCGGAAAUGCAUUCCAAGCAAACAAGCGUGGAGAGCGACCAGUGGACGUGGCCGACUCCCAGGAGCUGGAGCAACUGUUGAAGGGGGAGAUUCUGUUGUCGGACCAUGAUGACAGCUCUUCAGAGUCUGAUGACCCACCGUCAGUUAAUCCAUCCAGCGUGGACGACAACAUGGAAGACUCGGAUACCGAGAAGGACUCGGAUGGUAAACCCAUCAUGAAGGCGUCUUCCUCUGUGCCAGGCCUGGAUGAGUACGAGUUCAAAGAUGAUGACGAGGAAGAGGAUCUUAGUAAAGCCCUGAAUGACAGACACAUCCUCAGGCGGGACCUACGUCAGCGGGAGAAGGAGGACACAGGUAGAAAUCACGUGGCUGGGAAACAGAGUGGAAAGGGAGAUUCCUGCUCCAAGUUAAAAAAGCAAAAGACUCCUCGAGUCCACUGCAGUUCGGAUACCUCCAGCGAUGAAAUGGAAUGCAUCUCGGAGAAAAGGAACUCUCCCAACUGUUCUCAGAGCUCGGAUAUCCUCAAGGUGGAUGCGAGGUCCAAGAAAGACAAUGUUGAACAAAAAGAAAAGGGAAAGGUUAAGAGGAAAAGCAAAACUCAGAAUAGAAACAAGGAAAACCAAGAAGACGGAAAGGAGAACAGCAAAACACUGGUCCUGUCUCUGGCAACUGUGUCGGAGAGUUCAGAAAAAGUUCAUGAGGACGACUGCUUCAAGAUGUCCUUCAGUCCUAAGGACGACUCCUCUGUCCACCUCUUUCACUUGUCCUCCAUCAAGUCUCCCAAACUGAACCACGGCCUGACUGAUAAACAGACGCCACUCAAACUGGAAAAUGCAAAGAUGUGCGUUUCCAUUAGUGAAAGCCCGUGUCAAAUGGACACAGUCAAGUACAACCACUACACAGACGCAGACUAUUGUACGGAAGGCUCCAGCACUAAAGGGUGUAAACACAAGGAAAAAAGUAAACACCAACUGAAGGAGCAAACUGUGGAGGAGGACGAUGGUCUGUCAAGCUCUUACAAAGACGCCAGCGUAGGAAACAGUACGGACAGCACUGACGUCGCCUUGAGGAAGAUCGACCUGGAAGGCAAGGUGGUGAAGAAGCAUAAACUCAAACACAAGGAGAAGGACAAACAUAGGAGAGAGUAUGAGGCGGAGCGCAGCCGCCACAGGCAGAAGGAGGUUCGGAAGGAGGGCCACAGGAAUUUGGAGUUUGACCGAGAGUUUUGGAAGGAGAAUUUCUUUAAAAGUGAUGAGACAGAAGAGUCGCUCCCGGUGAAAAAGGAAGGCGACGACACCUGCUCUGUUCAGAAACCCUCUGACAGCUCACCGGCCAAGGACGAGAGAAAUGUAAAGGAGAGACACAGUAAAGAAAAGAGGCCGAAAGAGGAGCGAGAGAAAGAAAAAGCUGUGAAAAAGGAGCGAAAAGAGGCCACUAAUAGAGAGGAGAAGGUGAAGGAUUCAAAAGCGGGCGAGCGUGACGAGAGGGUGGACUGCCACAGCUCAGGGCAGAUUCCAGAGGAGUCACUGCAGAGCAACAGCAUGAAAGAGGAGACAGACGAAAAACCCAUAUGUGGAAACACAGCUGAUCAAGAACAGCUGGAGCCCUCUGAAAAAGGCUCACGUGAAAAGUCUGACAAGAGGCUCCCAGGAAAGGAGAAGGAUUCUGAAAAAAUGGAGAGAAGGCAUCCUGAGAAAGAAAAAAAGAUUAAAAUUGAACAUGCUGAAAAAUCCGAGCCACAGAAUUCUGUGGAACGAUGGAAGGAUAAAGACAGAACGGGGUCUGUUUCUUCGCACGUGUCCGGUGAUAAAAACCUGAAAGAAAAUGAAAAGCUCAAGUUAUUAUCGGCCACAAAGAAGCACGAUGAGGGCAGAAAAAAUAAAGAAAAGUUUGACAAAAGGUCUGACAGGGAGAGGCCGGACAGGGACUACAGUGUCGGUGAUCACAGAGAAAAGGAACGCACAAAUGCUGAUAAAAAACUAAAACCUCAGGAGAAGUCAGCGGAUUAUAAACACGAUCGCUCCAAAGAGAAGGACUACGACCGGAAGAAAAAGGAUAAAGUAAAAGACGGGGGCUUUUCCUCAAGCUCCAAUCUGAAAUCACUUUUAGAAGAGAAGAAGAGCUAUCUGUCUGAAAACAAGUCGCUAUCCACAAAAUCUAAAGAGGAGGUGGUGAGAACUCCAGAGAAGGAUCGUGACAGAAGAGACCGAAGUGAAAAAGACUCAGAGAGACACAGAGACAAGGACAAAGAGCGCCACAAAGAACGCUCACAGCAGGCCAGGAUCAAAGUUAAAGCCGAGAUGGAUGCAGACAAAGCCAAGUCAAAAGCAUCGCCAGCAACACGAGACGGAAAGCCCAAAGAAAAGAGGCUGGUGAAUGACGACCUGAUGCAGACCAGCUUUGAGCGCAUGCUGAGCCUAAAGGACCAGGAAAUUGAGCAGUGGCAUCGAAAACAUCUUGAGAAAAUCAAGCAAAAAGAGCGAGAGAGGCUCAAACAGAGACCGUUGGCAGACGCGGGGAAGACCAAGCCCAAAGACAGAACAAAGUCUGAACCGUGUUUGAGUAAAGAGCUGAUGCGCUCCAAAAGCUCUGAAACCACUGACGUCCAUAAAACUGAUAAACCUCCAAAGGACAGAACGGUUUCUCUGGACGGGAGGGGUCUGUCUUCCAUCAGUGCAAAGGUCACUUCAGCUGUGGACAUCUGUGUGACCAGGUCCCCCCGACCAGAGACUGAACGCUGCGGCCUCAUGUCCAGAUCAGUGUCCUUGGUCUCAGUCGCCAGCUCAGAAGAUUCCUGUCAGGCCGCUACACUCACUCCGAGACACGCUGAAUUUGACUCCGACAUGAAUCUGGAAGCACUUGACUCCCAGCCUGCAUUCCUCCAGUCUUCCCUCGUUAUUCACGCCACCAGGUCUCCGUCUGUUCAGGAUAAAGAUUGCAACAGUCUUCCAGAUGUGCCACAAAGCAACCGGUCACUGCUGUCAGGCCGACAUGAAUCUCCAUACCUCAGGGCAAUUCUGGAUGACGAGGCCAACUUCUCCACUAAACCUGUUGAAACUCUGCCCAAGUCCAGCUUGGUCAGCGAAGAGUUAAAAACAAGUGAGACCUCAGCAGAAAGUAAAGAGAGCAUCAGUCCGACGACCAGUUCUUUUACAGAGAAAGAAGGGCUCGGUUCUGGCUGCCCCGCAGCAACAAUAACAGACAAAGACUCUCUGAAUCAGAACCUCGUUCCACAGCCGGUCCUCUCAGCCUGUGGUGGCUCUCAGACUGGAUCAUCAGAGCAGAAAACUCUGCCCUGCACUGAACCUCCCGGUGUCAAGGACGUCCAGGCUGUGACAGAAUCUGUGCAGACUGAUUGUAGUGGCAGUGACCACCAUCAGCCACCAGCAGCUGCCGCACCUUCAGUGUUCACAGACACAAAAUCCAUUCAGCAGAAAGAGCCACUUACAACGUCCACUGUGGAAAACCAGCAACAAACUGAAGCUGAAAACACACAGGACUUUAAACCGAACAACAAAGUCCUGGAGAACCCAGAGCCCUCAGAGCCGGAAAACAGUACAAUUGUUGCUGAAAGCUUCAAAACAGAAGGGACAGAAAUUCCGGCACUGUCUCCCAUCGCUUACAUUCCCAGCUCUACUUCAGGGGAGUAUUUGCUCGGUUUGGUCAAAACUACAAAUGAGUCUAAAUGUCCUCAAGAAGACAAAAAACUCAACUCUAAAACACCCAAACCAUCCAGCGACACCGCCAGUCCAAACCUGGAGGUUCAGCUGGAGAAAAAAGACUUUUCUAGCCCUGUUGACGUAGCCGAAGAGAGAACCGAUGUCUCCCGGAGCCCUGAGCAUAACAGUACAACUGCUGUUCCUACUGCAGUUGAUGGUCUGCCAGCAGAGGUCAGUGCGGCUACAGAAGGCGUACCUGAAUCAAAAACAGAGUGCUCCUCAGAGCCGAUGGAUGUGACACCUGCCGAUGACCAGCCGGAGCCGCCCACUGUUGGGGAAGAGCCGGGUCAAAGUACUGGCCUGCUGGGAACCCAGAGUGACAGCAGCAGCAGCAGCAACACCUCAGGGAGCUCCUCUCCACAGUCUGGAGACCGUGAGUCCGACUCUUCAGGAGCCAGAAUCAAGGUUCUUUCCGCAGACGAUGAAGCCGAUGUCCACGUUCCUCAUCCACGCAAGAGGAAGAUGGCCCGGGUUUUGAACUCCCAGAUGUGCUGCUCAGGUCAUCAAGAGAAAGAGAGAGGCCAGCAGUCACUGGCUGCAAUCGUGGACUCGGUGAAACUGGACGAGAUCGAGCCCUACCAGACGGAGAGGGCAAACCCUUACUACGAGUUCCUACACAUCCGGAAGAAGAUCGAGGAGAAGCGCAAGGUGUUGUGCAGCGUCACUCCCCAACCGCCUCAGUAUUACGAUGAAUAUGUGACCUUCAACGGAUCCUACCUCCUAGAUGGGAACCCACUUAGUAAACUGUGUAUACCCAUGAUAACCCCACCUCCAUCAUUACCUGAGCAGCUCAAAGAGAUGUUCAAACAACAGGAGGUCGUUCGCAUGAAGCUCCGACUGCAGCACAGCAUUGAAAGGGAAAAACUGAUCGUCUCCAAUGAACAGGAAGUCCUGCGGGUUCAUUACCGAGCAGCCAGAACACUAGCCAAUCAGACUCUGCCCUUCAGUGCUUGCACAGUUCUACUGGAUGCUGAAGUGUACAACAUGCCCCAGGACAUCCAGGGGGAUGAUGGGAAAACAUCAGUGAGAGACCGGUUCAACGCCAGGCAGUUUAUGUCCUGGCUGCAAGACGUGGACGACAAGUUUGAUAAACUGAAGACUUGUCUUCUGAUGAGGCAACAGCACGAGGCCGCAGCUCUGAAUGCUGUGCAGCGUCUGGAGUGGCAGCUCAAGCUGCAGGAGCUGGACCCGGCGACCUACAAGUCCACCAGCAUCUUCGAGAUCCCCGAGUUCUACAUCCCCCUGGUGGAGGUCAACGACGACUGUAAUCUGGCUCCCAUGUGAACCACAGGCAGACGGGCUGAAUAAAAGGGGCAGCCAAACCACGGCACACGUGCAGCAGCUGGCACAUUCAAGGACUGGGAAAGAAAAAUGUGAAGCACUUAGAAUGUGUUGGCAGUUCAAUACAGCACUUAAAAAUGAGAAUUUACUUCAUAGCUCCAGAGUCUAGACCAGGAUGUCCAUGAUGAGACCGGGAUCCAUGGGUGUACCGGAAGGGGGAAAUAAAGUGGGGCCUUGAUCAGCAACGAAGCUCAGGGCGCAGAGACCAAACGCUGCGCCGGGAGCUGCAGCAGAGUCAUGGAGGAAAAGCUCCUGCUCCUCAUCAAGCAUCUGAAAGAUUUCAAUUUGUGAGUGUUUAUAUGUUGUACAGAUUGUGCUCUUAAUUUUUUAACUUAUUUUAUACAUACAGAAAUGUGCAUUUGUAAAUAGCUCUGUAAUUAUUGUUUGAAACCUUGUAAAAACAAAAAAUAAUAGAUAUUUUGAUUGUAAUCUUGUUCUCGUCUAAUGUUUUAAUGGACCAAAGUUUAUUUUCUCUCUCUCUCUCUCUCUCUCUCUCUCUUUCACUUGUUUUUAUCGCUCGUCUUCACAUCUGUGAUGUUCUCAGUGUUGUUGGCCCAAAAACUUUUGACGUAUGUGUUGCUUUUCUUGUGUUUAUUUUUUUAUUCUUACUCUUUUCUUCCUUCCUUCCCUUCACCUGGAGCUCUAACCUACAGCUGGUGGUUUUUCACUUUGCAAUUAAAAUGCUGUGCAUGUGUUGCUUUCUUUGUACUUAUUUUCCUGAAGAGCUGUUUUUCGUGGACUUUAUAGUGAGACUAUACUGAAGUGUUCUGGCUUCAUUUGUGUUUUAUUCUGCUUUUUUGUUGCGUCCCCUUAGCGAUCUGGCUCCUUAUGUUGCUGUCCAUUGUGUCUUGUGCACAUUAAAGUCUGUAGUAGCUUCCAAGGAGGAGAAAAACCCACACUUUUACAGUUUCAAUGUGAGAUCACAACAAAUCCUAUUUUUUCAACAUAAUGCCUUUUGAACGGAAGUUCUAAAAAUGUCUAUUUUAAUAUUUACUUGUUACAUGACAUGUACAUAUUUGUAAUAUAUGAUUGAAUAAAUUUUAUUUGUUGUGAAAUGAAA